AUGGCUUUCUCCGGCUUUUCGAAGCGAACCAGUCAACCUAACUGGCGCACCAGAGGACGUGCCAAUGGCCCCUCCCUGAAGGGACGUGUUCCUCCCCCAGCCCUCAGCCCUGUGUCCGACAAUCCCGAGGGCGGCGCGCCUCUCUACAGUCCCGUCAGCAAGAACGUUGACGCUCCUGCCUUAAGUGAUACCAAGGCCGCUGGUCGCAAUGACGACAAGCUGCCUGAUCCUGGCACUGCCCAAAGUGCCGGCGAUGUGCUACUCACCGCUAACACUGUCGCUGAGGACGCUGGCCAUAAGGCUCGCAUUCGCGGCGAUGCUUACGACGGGCUUGAGCAAAAGCAGAACACCACAGCUAGCAUUACUGGUGAUUUCAAGACAAUUGCUGCUGCUCAGCACAGAGCUGCGCUUCCGCGCGCAAGCACAACCGGCCAGCUCGAUCCCAGCACCACGCCUUUUAGCCCUCAGUCCGUCGAGCAGAGUACACCCAAGCAUUUCACUGCUUCCAACAUGAUGCCCAAGCCCGACAAUGACAUUGCGUCUGGCCAGGUGAACAUCAUGGACCUUGUCAACGCGCGCUACCCCAAGACAACCCCAACUCCAACACAGAAUGAAGUCAGCAGCAGCAUGAAGGGUGUCGGAAUUCCUCGCAGCCAGACUAUGUAUAGCGCUCUUGGUGCUUCUGGCGUCAAUGGCAGCAACCAGACGGGGAACGUCUCGCGACAGGCCAGGACGGCUUCGACUGUGGCUCCCGGCAGCCGCAGUACAGACGACGUCGAGGAGGCUCAUCACAAAGCCAAAAUUGCCCUUGAACAGACCCAAAUCAAUUCUCGCGCGGCCCAGCAUGCCAACGAGCAGAAUAGUGCUGGCAACCGUUACACAGUCACGGGCGUAUUGAAUCAUCAUCGAAAUGAUGUCGCUACUCAGGAGAUCACCCCAGACAUGAGUCCCGAGGAGGUGCUCAAAGCAUACUACGCCAUGAUCUCAUCGCUCGACAGUACUGGAGCUGGCCGUCAGGUUGGCCAAAUGGACUAUGCGACUGGCCCCACCAACCACAAGGUUGGCCCCGGAAACUACGCAGCCCAGCCCACCAAUUACAUGACGGGCAGCGCUGCCUAUACCACUACCACAGGUGCUCCAACCCCGAACCCUGGUCGUCCUGUUUAUAGCAAGAGCCGCACCGCCUACAGCACUUCGCACUGCACUGGCGUCAACCCUUCACAGCUCCAAGGUCAGACUCCCAUCGUCUUCCCGACACCCCACAAUGUUCCAAUGCAGACUGGUCUGGCCUACGGCAACCCUGGCCACCACCAGGGCACUGCCCAAGGCCGCAACUCCAAUGCCAGCGGCCCGGGUGGGAAUGCGGUCGUCCGGUUGAACCCUGAGUAUCUGCGUACCGAGGAAGCACCGGCACUCAGUCUCACGAGCAUCGCUCAGCCGCCUGCAAUGUUCCAGCCUCCGACUGGUUUGAUCCGCGCCCGCCGAUCUGAUGCAUUGAACCAGCUUGUAGGCGAUGGCCUCCCUGAUGCCUCUCAUAUGAUGCAUCCUAACGUCUUCCCUUUCGUUGAGAUGGCGACCUCCGACGGCCCGUUGCCGCAGAACGGUGUUCUUCACAUCAAGAACAUCCCGUUCAGUGUCCCGCGAGCUCACAUCUUCGCCCUGUUCGGUAGCAACGCCAAGCUCAUUAGGGACGUCGAGGAGCCUGUGCACAUCAUCAUGUGUAAGGUCACGUCCAAGACGCAUGAUGCAUUUGUCGAGUUCCGCAGCUACGACGACGCCGCCAACGCUUACGAGCGGUUCAAGCGCCACUCUGAUGCGGGUCGUGUGACCCGCCUUGGCGAUCGGCCCGUCGAGGUCGAGGUUUCCAGCCAGACGGAGCUGAUGAAACAACUGUUCCCAAUUGCCACUGGGGUCGUCUGGCAUGGCACACACCCUAUGAUCCAGUCGGACAGCCCUUACAGUUUUGAGAACUUUAAGGCUUUCGUCACUGAGGAGGAAAUGGCCAUGCUGGUCAAGCAUGUUGAGUUCCCCAUGCGCUCUCCUUUCUCCCGCGACUGCCCCGAGCGAGCGUUCGAGAGCAUGAUCUCCACUCUCAAGAAGCUGCCGUGGUACAUGACCCAGUACAUCACCAUCAAGCAGCGCCACUACAUCUAUGAAGCCUGCGUUAAGUUGAUCAACCUUCUUCUCGAGGCGCUUGCUCUUGGUGACAAGAGUAGCCGGGCUGGCAGGGAGCGACUGACGGUGCAGCUCCUCCGCCGAUUCACCAACGCUGUGAUGCUCUGCCCCGGUUUCACUGUGUGCCAGAAAGACGGCAUUGCUGACCUUGUGGGAAUGCUCCCAGACGACAUGAACAAGUUCAACAUGCCUCGCUUUAGCCAGUCGUGGGUUCAUCAGCUCACACUAGGUCCCAAGCCAGGCGUGCGAAUUGAUUUCCUUGAGUACUACAUUGCCAUCAUUCGUGAAGAGACCAACCGCACCGUGGCCGAGCUCCCGAUCCACCAGAAGGCUCGACUCGCAGCCCUCGCCGGUGAGACUGAUGGCUACUGGGGCUACUUCUGGUACGAGCUGAACUACCCUGAGGGACACGACUUCGACGACCUCACUCUUGCGCAAGCUGCUGAGAUCGAGUGGACUACCAUGGAUCGAAUUCUCCGCCGUGCCCUUCGCAAGGGCGCGAACGACAGCUCUGACGACGGUACCGACGAGGAUGGCUAUGAGGACCAGCCUCGCCAGCUCGCUGGCUGCAUACCCGCCGGUUUGCUCGCUAACUGA